AUGGCCCAUUUCCACCUAACAUUCGAUAAGCAGCACGGCAAGGCUUUCGAUAACUCUUACUUCCGCUGUCCAGAAACCCUUUCGAAGAAGAUGAUUGAGGGUGUACGUGGUGCUGGCCAGUUGAACACAUUUCGCGGAGACAGCGUCAUUGUCUUUGAUGAAAUCUCCAUGCUCCAUAACACCGUGAUUGAGGCUGUGGACAAAACUCUACGGUUCAUCCGGGCCCAAGACGAGAUGUUCGGUGGAUGUUGUACCAUAUUUGGGGGGGACUGUCUACAGCUCCGAGGGCCGGAACCUGCAAAACACGGAGAAUUCGCAGAGCUUACGGUACGGCCUGUGUGGGAAAGCUUACUAUGGAGGGACAUGAACUUACAAGUUUACUAUCUUUCUCGGUUCCAUCGAGGCAUCCGAGGAGGCUCCACGACUAGGAGGCCAGGGAGACGAGGAAAGCGAAAGCCGCUUUUUAAUGGUAGCGGUGUAGACGAAGACUAUUUGAACCUACUGGCCGAAAUGAGGAGCUGGAGACCAGAUUCUAACUGGAAUUUAUCCAACCGGUCCCAGAAGCUAGUCCAUCACCUUGUCGAUAAAGAGGGUCCGCAUGAAUCUUCAUGGUGUGCCGUUACGCUCUUCCGGGAUAACUGCCGGGCUAUCAAUGAUGACCAUUUGAUGAACACCCCGGGCGAGAUGAUCACAUUUCACGCAGAUGUAUUUGACGAUACCACUGGUGAUGAAGAUCUUCACAGGCUUACCAUAAAGAAGAGCAUCGGACUGAAGGUCGGCUGCCGGGUUAUCUGCAAUACAAAUGUUGAGCCGUACAUCCUCAACGGGGAUAUGGGCAGAGUUUCUGGCUUCGUCGGUCUUACAAGAGGGCAGAGUGAGGUUUGGAUUAAGCUCAAGCAGAACGAGUUGUGGCAUAAUGUUGGGGUGAGGGUUAGCCUGGAUAGAAACGGCGAAGAGGUGGACGUUUAUCCUGUCACUCAAGAAGUGUUCUCAUCCGAAGGCGAACUCCUAUAUGCGUUGAGGAAUGUCCCUCUCGAGCUUGGCGCAGCUAUUACUUGCCAUAAGCUGCAAGGAUGCACCCUCGACUAUGCCGUCAUAGACUUGUCGCCUUAUGGAGGUCCAAGUGCACCCAAAGCAGCUCACGCUGAGAUUGAGAGACUACUACAUCAGCAGUGGCUCCAUGGAGCCCUCUAUACUAUGCUGUCGAGAGUGGGUUCGUCGAGCCGCAUAUUCACGAAGUUUGUGGGGGAUGUUGUCUUCCACAAAAAGGUUGUCUUUUCUACGUCAGCACUGGCCUUCGAGGCUCUCUGCAAGCAGUCAAAUGUUCUGGCGCGACCUGCGUUAUCUAAUAUGCCUUCAUACCACCGUCCUGUAGUGCAGAGUGAUGCCGACGAGGACAUGUCCGCAACAGUGGAUUCAGGGCUCGACGGAGGCCUUGACGGUUUGGACAGUGCGAACAUCCAUCAUGCGAUCACUCCUGAAGAAUUGUCGAAUAUCUUGAAAGAGAGAGAAGACCGGCUUAUCGAAUCUCUCGGAGGCAUGGUCACUAACAUACUGGUGAAUCUCUCGCGAACUGGACUGCUCGGCUCGACAGCAACCCGCUCUAUACCCCAGACCGGCUCCAACAGCGCCGACAUAAUGACCUGUCACAACGAAUCAUUUUUUCGGAUGUCGCAAACUAACCUCCUCUCGUUUCAUGAGCUCAUGAUGAAGGACCCUAUAGAUUCAAUCCCAUCUAUUGAUAGGAUGAAGGCGAGGGCCAUGGCCGAUGAUAUUCGAAGUUCCGAUGGGGCCGAGACGGUCGAGCAUGAUCGAGGCCCUCAGGAUUGCGAAGCACGGAACACGGCAAGUGGGAGUGAUGACGGUCAACUGCCUGAUGAUACGAGAGACCAGAGAAUCGACGAACUCAACUUACAUGAGGAGCCUGACAGUAUUGAAUUCCUUCUCUGA